CGAUUGGAGCUUCGGCAUCAGCAUUCAGUAACCUUGGGUCUGUGCACCUGGUGGGCGGGUUUUAUGUCGGUGUCGCCGCUAGCCCCUCCAAUGUAUUGGCGGGAUCAUACUCUCAGCCUCGUCCCCACUUGAGCCUCGAUGGCACGACGUUUGUACAACUCUCUAGCCACGAGCUGUCACUGCCUAUCAUGCCUUUACAUCUAUUAGGCAAGAAAUCGUGGAAUGUCUAUAAUGCCGAUAACAUCGAGAAAGUCAAGCGCGACGAGGCUAUCGCGCAGGCACAAGAAGAGGCGGAGGAGCAGCGCAUGCAAGAGGCCGAUGCCGCACGCCGAAUAGCCAUCCUACGCGGCGAAACUCCGCCUCCACUAGAGAUCGAUGAAGCGCACGAUGAGACCGAGCGAGAGCCACGGCAGCGUGGCCCAGCCAGGGAGAAGAGGAAGAGGAAGCGGGCUGGGGAGAAUGACACGGAUUUCGAGAUGAGGGUGGCGAAGGAGCAGAAGAUAUCAGCGAGCGAGGAUACACAGAUUGUUUUGAGGAAGCCAACUACUGAGGUGCCCCUACUGGAUGAGUCGGGGCACAUCGAUCUCUUCCCCUCGGAGCGCCCAAAAGCAACCAAGGACGACACGAAGAAGGUCCAGGCGGAGAAGGAGCUAGCGAAGAGGAAGAAAGAGUAUGCAGAUAACUACACUGUCAAAUUCUCUGAUGCGGCUGGGUUCAAGAAGGGGUUAGAAAGCCCGUGGUAUUCCUCUGGCAAGGCGGGCCUUGCUGUCGAUGAGCCACUCGAGGUGCCUAGCAAGGAUGUUUGGGGUAAUGAGGAUCCGAGGAGGAAAGAGAGGGAGGCCACACGAAUUGUCUCUAAUGAUCCGUUGGCUGCUAUGAGGCAGGGCGCGGCGAAGGUUAGGCAGGUGGCGAAGGAGAGGAAACAGUGGCAGGAGGAGCGGGAGAAGGAGAUGCUGGAGAUGGAGAAGGUUAGCUCAAGGAGGAGGGCUCGCGACGACCCGGAUGAUGAACCUGAGGGGUUUUCUCUUGAUAAAUCCGAGGAUAGGUCGAAAAGCAGACAUGGCGACGAUCGGAAGUCUAGUCAUGGGGAGUCGAGGCGAAGGUCACAUCGGGACAGGAGCCGAGAUCGAGAGAGGAGUCGAGAAAGGCGGAGGCAUAGACACAGACACAGGAGUAGUGAUAGGGAUAGAGACAGGGUUGAUCGCCACCGCCACUAAUAAAUAAUCGAAUGAUGAAAUAAUCGAAUGAUGAAUACAUAUACGAUACCCCAC